AUGCGUCUGGUCGCAGAGCGACAGUGGAGCUGUGCGCUCCUCACUGAUUUACGUUUUCCGGAAGAUGGUUUUCGUGAGGUUAUGGUGGGCGGUUGGAAGCCAGGCUUUCUCUUGGUCCCGGUGUACGCCCCGUUGGUGUCGAAAACAACGUUGGAGGAAAGGGAGGCUUUUAGGGAACAGUUGAGUUUGAUCCUUGACCACUCGUCCAGUCGGCGUCGGCUCGUGGUUGGUGGGGAUUUCAAUGGUGAAGUGGGGCCUACCAAGGACUCGUCUUGGCGUCACGUUUUGGGACCGUAUGGGGACGAUAGGCGCACGCGUGGCGGGGAGGAGUUGCUGCAGUUUUGUGAACAGGAACACCUUGUGGUAGCAGGCUCCUUCACACCCCAACGCCAAAAAGCUACCUGGUACCACUGUCGGUUUGGCACCGCCCACACACUUGAUCACUUUCUGGUCCGUGGCGUUGACAAAAAAUGGGUCAAGUCGGUCUUUACUGUGAAUUUUGCCGCCAAUCAGCGUUGCAGCAAGACAUCGAGGCAAGGUCGUCCGCCCAAGUUCUCGUCUGCCCCCUGGCUUGAGCAUACGGACCAUGAUCCGGUGGAGCUUGUUAUUCGGGUUGGGAAAGAUUGGGCUGGGGAAGCACAGCGUAGGAGAGAGCGGGCCCCUCGACCGGAUGUUUUGCGUUUCCUGGGCUGUUCGGAGGAAGCUGCGGCUCUGCGGCGUGAGUAUGCGAAUGUUGUUUCCGAGGAGUUGGAAAGGGUUUCAGGUCAGUUUUUGGAUUGGGACUUGGUGGCCGAGGUCAUGAGGAAGUCUGCGUUCCAGGUCGUCGGUCCCACCCCCCCACGGCACAGAAAACCUUGGUUGCAGGGUAAAGAAGCGGAGCUGCUAGAGCUGGAAACUGCGGUGCAUGCCAAUCGAGCGGGGGAGGAGGGGGAUGACUAUGCCUUUUGGCAGGUGUGUCGUCAGUUGGGCUUCAGGGAGUCAUGUCGCGCAUAUGGUGGUUCGUUGCGCACUUGCGGUGAUGCUGUCAGGGAAAGGGAGGCCUGGAAGGAUUUUCUGCACAAUAUCCAGUCGGGUGAGGGCGAAGUUUCUGAAGCGGUCUGGGAUUACAUUCCACCCGCCACGGCAGAAAUUUCCGUUUUAGGGGAGGAGCCUACUAGGCAAGAGUUUCGUGACGUGCUGCGUAAAAUGAAGGUGGGCAAACGCGGUGGGGCAGAUGACAUCACGGUGGAGAUGAUUAAGUUUGCGAACUCUGAUCUUCAAGACACGGUUUUUCUGGUGGUCCUUGAUAUGUGGAAUGAUGCUAGGCUCUCGGAUGACGGACACGAGGCUGACAAGUGGUGUCAGUCCUCCAAGGAGGCUUUUGGGGCCUGGGAGGCCGGGCAGGAGGAGGCUUUUGGGGCCUGGGAGGCCGGGCAGGAGGAGGGUCGUCGGGCCCGUGCCGCGGAGUCGUCUGGAGGGACACCUGGCAUUACCUGUACCUGGUCUUACAAGGUUGAUGGGAAACUGGUCAGAUCAGGCCGCGCACGUCAUUCCUCUCGGGGUAUCAGGUCCAAUGUCGUUGGGGACGUGGAGUUUGCCGAUGAUACUGCCUUGUUGGGAUGGGUGGAGGAGCUCCGAGUGGCGGAACGGCUGUUUGUGCAAACAUUACGGGAUUGGGAGCAGGAGGAACAUCGGGGCAAACGGGAGAAGCUCAUGCUGGUUCCUGGUGGGAGAUUAAUUUGGGAGGUUUUGAAUGAGUUUGAAGCUAAGACCCUCAAACACUUGGGCGCCACUCACUGUGACAAUGCUGACCAGUGGGCGGAAACCAAAAAACGUGUACAGGCUGGUUUCUAUGCAGUCAAGCGGGUGGCUAAGUAUUGGUCUCUGGGUACAAGUCACGGCAGGGGAGCUGGCAUGGGUCUUCAUACUACCAAAAGGCUACGGGUUAUGCGUGCGGUCGUUGAGGGUACGUUGAUGGCUUGUGGCAAAUCUAGGGUGUGGAGUUUGGCACAGGAGCGGAAAGCUAAUCAAGUCAUGGCUCGGGGCAUUCGUCGUUGUUUGGGUGUGGACAGGUAUAACAUGCGUGAGUAUGGUUACUCGGACGAGGCCUUGCGACAGAUGGUGCAGUGGAAUUCCUUCACUACUCUAAUGCACAGAAGUAUUCUCCUUUGGUUGGGGCAUGUCACCAGGAUGAAUUGUGAUCGUCUUCCCAAGAUGGCAGUUUUUGGGUGGCUGGAGGGUUUGGAAGAGCAUCGCUCGGCUCGAUACACCUUCCCGAGUUGGGUACAAUGGCUGUUGUCCAAAUACAACAUCUCGGUUAUGGACUGGUUCAGAUUAGCACAGAAACCGACCAAGAAUUGGAUUAGGUUGAUCAACCAGGCUCUGCCCCGCACUCGUCUGUCUAGCAAACAGUGUGUAAUCCUCGAUAGAUGGAAGGUCGGUGACCCCGUUCUACAAUGGUCAAACCUGGCGCCCCCCCAGGAGUUUCCCCCCCCAAGCCCCGGUGGAGCUACAGUGUCCAGCUUGCUCCUUCGUCGCCAAAAAUGCUAG